AUGGAUCAGGCGCAGCUUCUACGGCUAAUUGACAAUUUGAGGUCGCCAGACAACUCCGUGCGCAAGUCGGCGGAGGCGGAGUAUGAGUCACUUUCCACGGGGAACAGCGUGUGGAUGAUGUGCAGCCUGUCGGAGCUAUGCGCGGCCACGGAGAGCCCGCAAACGAUGCAGAUGGGUAUGGUCUUGUUAAGGAAGCUCUUCAGCAGCAAGUCCAACUGCUACGACGUCUCGGAUGCACAGACACAGCGGGCAGUGAAAGAUCUCAUGUUGCAGGUGCUCGGGAAGGCGGCUUUCGGUCCACAGCGGGCUCUGGCCGCGGCAUGCGUGAGUGCCCUUGUCGUCAAGAUGCACGGGCUAGGUCAGGAAUGGGAUGAGCUUUGGCAGAGUGUGUUUCAGAUCCUCGAGAACGCAGAAUCUGCUCAUCAGCUGAAGACAAUCUGCUCUGAGAUCAUUGCUGCGACAGGUCCUUCCAUGGCGAGCUACUUUGAGGCCCACACCACCAAACUGGUGACUGGAAUCAGAAAUUGUCUGACAGAUCCCUUUGUGGAGGCGAGAAAAAGCGCAUUUGAUGCUCUUGUCAAUGUUGCCAUGUGCCGCCCCAUGCCUGAGUUGGCCGAAUUGGUUCCCUUGAUGCUGCAAGUUGUACAGGACUCCCUCAACGCGUCCAACUGGGAUGACGCGGAGAAGUUGACCGGUAAACUCGCAGAUGGUGUCGCAAACGCCGCCGGGCUUUUUGCGGGCCACACCUCCGCGCUUCUUCAGGGCUUGAUGGAAGUGGCCUCGACACCGUCAGUAGGGGCGGGUGCACGUCACAUGGCCAUUGAGGCUUUAUUGACCUAUUGCGAGAGUGAGCCAAGGACGGUGCGCAAGGUGCCCCACUUCUCCGCCUCCUUUCUGCAGCUCCUGUUUGAGUACACACUCAACCCCGAGAUGCCGGAUGACUGGGACGAAAAGGGCAUCAACCUUGACGGUGAGGACCUUGAGGAUGACAAGGAUGAUACUGUUGGGAGCAGUGGGAUUGAUCGGCUGGCGUCAGCCCUUGGUGGGAGAAAGCUGGACGCCUUGGCUCAACGGCUCUUCAUGGAAAACAUCCACUCUCCCGAUUGGAAGAGGCGUAAUGCGGCGCUGCUUCUUAUUACGUACCUCGCGGAGGGUAUGGCGACAGUUCUUGAGAAACAUCUUGAACAAAUCGUUCAGAUGGUCAUCCCUGCUGUUCAGGAUGAGGUGAAGUACGUUCGCGCCAGCGCCUUGGAUUGCCUCACGCAGAUGUCCAGCGAUUUUGCACCAAAAAUGCAGGAACAGUUGUCCCAUGCAAUUGUUCCAGCCGUCAUGCGGUGCCUCAGUGACAGUGUGCCAGCCGUUGCAACGCGUGCUGCCCGCUGCCUGGAUUCCUUCUUUGACCAAUGUGAGGAGAGUGAAAGCGAGGAUGACACCCUCUUCAUCAAGCUUUUUGAGAGUUACAUUGAGGGCCUGUGCGUUUCCCUUGUGACUCUUCUGAAGCAGACAUCGCACGGAUUUGUUCGCGAUGAUUGCCUUGGCGCCCUCUCUUCCGUCAUCUCAACCUGUAAAGGCCUACUAAAGCCGUACACCAGCCACCUUGUCCCUGUGUUUCAGGAAAUUUUGGCAAUGCCGGAGAUCCCAGAGACCGUCAUGAUGAAGUGCAAGGCCAUCGAAUGCACGACGCUUUUGGCCUGUGGGGUGGGCAGAGAAGUUUUUGCGCCUUACGCCCAUGAUAUGUGCAACUACCUGCGCGAUCUGCUGAAUCACCUGGCAAGGGGAUCGAAGGACGACGACAUGCGUCUGCGCUACGUGCUUCGGGGAUGGACAUGCAUGACAGAUUGCCUCAGGGAAGAAGUAACACCCUAUUUGGACAUAGUAAUGCCUGUGCUUAUCUCCAUGAUGAAUGUGGAGUGUGACACUGAGGUGGAGAAUGCAGAGGUUGGCGAUGACGAUGACGAUGACGAGGAUGAAGAUGGAAAGGUGACAACCAUGCGAGUUGUGGUUCCUGGUGUGGGUGUCAGGAGGAUCAAGUUGCACACGGGGCUCAUUGAGGAAAAGGACCUUGCGGCCAGCGUUGUCAGUGCCAUGCUGUCAUACGUUGGCAAAAACUUGGGGCCGCACUUGCCGCAAAUUAUGGAGUCCGCCGUUAAGCUGAUCAGUUUUCAAUCAGACUCUUCUAUUCGCGAGAGCGGUGCGUUGAUUUUAGAUGGCGUGAUGGAUGCCUACGAUUCGACAGGGCGGGCCCAAGUAGCUGUUAGCGUGAUGCCCCCGCUAUUAAAUCAGUUUGCGGAGGAGGAUGACUUGGAGGCGUCUAGCGCAAUGUCAGUGGUGAUUAGCCGCUGUAUUGAUGAUGCACCCACGCUUGUGUCACCAGAGACGGUAAACUCCAUUAGCGAGAAAAUUCUUGGGGUCUUGCAACGCGCGAUGGAAAGCCGUACGGAGAGCCUGCAGUCCCAGUUGGACGAGAACGACGAUGACGAGCUGGACAAACUAAAACAGGAGGAGGAGGAGGCGGACGCCCUCAUCCGCGAUACCUGUGACCUCCUUGACAAGAUGCUUGAGCGUGCUAGUGCCGUUUUUGCCCCUGUUUUUAAUACCACGUUCAUCCCCGUUCUGCAGCGAAUGUUGGAAGGGAACGAAAAGGAUGUCAUGGUGGCACGCGGUCUCGCGCUGCUGUGCAGUUUAGUCGAACACGCCCCAGACCACGUGGCUAGUUUAGUUCCUACGAUUGUUGGGAGUGUCAUCAACUUUGCUCAGCGACAUGGGGACGCCGAUGUGCUGCAAUCCGCCUUCUAUCUAAUGAACCUUUUACUGCAGUACUUUGAGCAUCACGAAUAUCCUGCCACUCAGCAGUUCGUUCAGCAGGUUCACGGGAUCAUCGUUCGUUACCUGGCCGUUCAACGCAAGGAGGAGUACGAGGAUGCCACUUGCAACGUCAUUAGCACGGCGGUGACGCUCCUCUCACUGUACUACCAGCUUCUGCCGGAACAUGAGCAGACGCAGAUGCUUGCCCGUGUUGUGAAUUCCCUCCCUGCUGGCGGUGACAAGACGGAGGCGUGCCGAGUGCACGAGCGUGUGAUGAUGUGGGUCGUGCAGCGGCACCCGCUGCUGAAGGGAGACGAGACGCAGGCGAAGGCAAUUCUUCUGCGCCUCCAGGCGGCCAACGGGGACGUGCUGAGCGAGUCCACGCGGGCCCAACUUGCGCAUAUGUAG